CCUGCUCGUCACAGUAAUGCACCUCUCCAUAUCUGUUUCCAUCUGAUUUCAUCUUCCUGCAGCACAAUUGACCAGAUUCACUGAAUUUUUUUUUGUCCCACGUGAAGUUCAUCAAAUAGAUUGGUCUGAAACUUUUUACACACCUGCAAAAGCUUGAAGAUCAGUCAGAAAAGGAAACUCUGCCUUCCCUGAGACAGACAGACAAACAGCGGAACAAAAAAUGCCAGUGAAGUCAAAUGCUGGGGAAACCAUGGCCUGGUCUGAGUCUAUGGAUACAGUCCUGGCCAAUAAAGAGGGCCUGGCAGCUUUUCGGACAUUUUUAAAGUCUGAGUUCAGUGAGGAGAAUGUGGAGUUCUGGCUGGCCUGUGAGGACUUCAAGAAAACCAGAUCCUCCACCAAGAUCGCCUCAAAAGCCCAAAAGAUUUAUUCUGACUUUAUACAAGCUGAUGCUCCAAAAGAGAUUAAUAUUGACUUCCACACCAAAAAUGACAUCUCCCAGAACAUCUCAGAGCCCACCCUCAGCUGCUUUGAUACUGCUCAGAGCUCAAUCUAUUCUCUCAUGGCCAAGGACUGUUUCCCCAGGUUCCUGAGGUCAGAUGUGUACAAGGAGCUGGUGCAGAAGCACCAGGACAAAAAUCAGAGGAGGUGGCUCCCAUUUCUGUGAGGAAGAGCACUGAGCCUUUAGGAAUUGAUUAUACCUCCCAUGGCAAUUCAGUACAGAUAAUUAUUCUUUAUUACAGUGAUUGCAGAAGCCACUUUCAAGAAUUGCCUCUGCCUUUAUUUUUAUUUUUAAAAAUUAAAGUACUUUUUUUGAGUACAAAUUGCACAUGAUGCUUUCUAACAACAGUAGAGAAAUAUUCAACAAGCAGGACUGAAUAUGCCAGACACUUGAGCUAU